ACUCAUGUUCAAUGUAAUAGUAUAUUGGCUCUUUUUCGAACGCACUCCUGUUUUUCUACAUUGCCAAAAGAUGUUAAAACGCUCCUUAAUACAUCACGAAAUCAUAUUGUAAUAUCAAAAGUAGAACCGGAGGAAUAUAUCCAUUUUGAUGUCGAAAAUAAAAUUAUUGAAUGUCUUUCAAAUAUUUCAUUGCAAUCGGUUAAAGAGUUAGAAAUAGAUUUCAAUACAGACGGAUGUAAUUUGGAUAAAUCAAGUACUAAUCAUAUAUGGCCUAUAAUUCAAUGUAGAAUUAUAAAUGUAGAAAAUACAAAACCAAUAGUAGUGGGGAUCUACAAGGGUAUCCAAAAGCCAAAUAAUCACAAUGCAUUUUUUGAAAAAUUUGUCGCAGACAUUACAGCAAUAGUAUCAAAUAGGGGAAUUACUUUUCAUAAUCGUAAAGUUCAGAUAUGUUUAAGAUGUUUUAUAGUUGAUGCUCCAGCACGAGCAUUCAUUUUAAAUCACUGUAGCCAUGCAUCUAGUAAACCUUGUUCAAAAUGUAAGAUUUCUGGUGUAUAUACGGAAGGUCGUUUUGUAUUUAAUAACAUUCAGCAUUCCCUUCGAACUGACGACGAAUAUAUAAGACGUUUGGAUGAAGAUCACCAUAGAGAGGGUGAAAGCCCAUUAUCAUUGUUACCAAUUAGCAUGGUUUCUCAAGUUCCUUUCGAGCAUAUGCAUCUUGUAUGUUUGGGCGUAAUGAAGAAACUUUUAACUGCAUGGGUGUAUGGAAAAUAUUCACGGUUAUCGAAAUUGUCGGGAAGAUAUCUUUCUGUAAUAAAUACAAGGUUAAAUAUUCUUAGAAAAUAUUGUCCCUCGGACUUUGCACGACAUCCUAGGCUUCUCGAUAUAUGUUCCAAGUUUAAAGCGACAGAAUUUCGUCAAUUCUUGCUUUACACAGGACCAGUUGUAAUGUAUGGUUUAUUAAAUGAAGACGUGUAUAAACAUUUCUUAUUUUUACAUGCUGCUAUUAGAGUCCUGGUCUCGAAAUCACCAUUGAGGCAACAUCUCAGUUUUGCAGAAAUCGCGUUGCAAAAAUUUGUCCUUCGUUGUGCAAAUUUGUAUGGUCCAACUUUUGCUACUUACAAUGUACAUGGCCUUCUUCAUCUCGCUGAUGAUGUCAGACGUUUCGGUAAUUUAGAUUCAUUUUCUGCUUUUGCAUAUGAAAAUAACAUGUACAUUUUUAGAAAAUGUUGCAGAAAACCGGGCUUACCUUUGCAACAGUUUUUCAACAGAAUGACAGAACAGCAGAUUCACGGAACAAAUAACACAUGUAAUAAUGCAUCAUCUAUUCGUACAUCUAUAUUGCGUAAUAAUGAUACCAAUUGUCCACAGUAUCGUAAGAUUAAUUUUAAUAAUAUAUUGCUAAGUAUAGACACAUACGACAAUUGUUGUAUAUUACAUGAUGGAUCCAUAUGCAUUGUCACUGAAAUUUCCAGAGAAAGUAACUCUUUUCGUUUGGCUGUAAACAGAUUUUUGAGUGUUGCUGACUUUUACGAUGUUGGUAUGGCAUCUUCGUGUUUUCAGGUAUACAAGUGCGCCACAUUGAGCAGCGAAAGAUUUUACGUAUCCUUAAACGAAGUUCAUGCAAAAUGUUAUAGAAUGCCUUUUUGGGAACGUCUAACCAUGGACGAUAGCAAUAGUGAUGAAGACGAUUAUUUGCAAACAAAAUACAUUGUCGCUGUUCUAAUACAUAGUGAUAUGUAACAUGUGUUUAUUGCAGUAUUGUGACUAACAUUUACAAGAUGUUUGCGAUGCGAUAUAUUUGCUUAGUAUCUCUUAGCUUAGGGUACGUAUUAACAUACUGUUUUUUGUUAUUAUUCCAUGUCUUUCAAGGAAUAGCUAAUAUUUGCGAUUGGGUAAUGUCAUAUGCACUAAUAUGUUGCAAUAUUAUGAUUCUGCUAUCAUUUUUAUUUGUGCUGCUUUAUAUCCGUUGCUCAGAAAUGUUCUCGAAAGCAAUGUCGUUUUGCGGCUGAAAUUUCUUUUUUCGCAUAAUUCAUACACCUAUGUUUUGCUUUCCGAUAUCUUGUGAAAAGUAAUUUUGUAUCCUCGUGUACAGAUAUUGUGUGUGUGAAUAAUAUCUGUUUUACCUAUUCAUGUAUUCAUAUUCUUAACCUCUUUUUCGCGACAAGUGUCAACAGCAAAUGUAAAAAAGUCCUUUGAGAAGGACAUAUAUAACCACCACUUUCUAAAUAAAAGGACAAUGAUGGAAGAACGACCAAAGCGUAUAAUUACAAAGCCAACAAGCUACCAGACAUCAUCAGACGAGGUUCCUCCAGUAUGCAAACGGGCUGCACCUGUGCCAAACACCACGGCAGGAAGCAUCGAAGAGGACAUCAGAGAUAUACGGGCCACCCUGGACAAGAAUGCAAACAACGAUAUACAUUUAUUUACUAAUACUACACAAAACAUAUCGCGCACACACACACAUAUAAUCCCACACACAUUACUCCCACAGCAUCUGUCCACCCAGCACAAGACACAUCGAUUCAUACUUCUCGCACUACAUGUACACCUCACGAAAGUGAACACCUGUACUACACUAAUGAUACAUAUACUGAGUUGCAGGGUACUUCGCGCCCAUGGACAACGCAGGGCCACACGCAGCAUCAGUUCCAUCAGGAGCGUCUAUCUUACGAGCAGUACGAAGAGCGGCUACCUUAUGGCCAACAUGCACGAAUAACACAGAAGGCGGACAAUCGG